CGAAUUAUAUAUACAGGUCGGGUGGUGACUGGAGCCAUCAGAUAGACUUGCAUUUUUUUAAUUAGGUCUGGCUAGUGAGACUACCUCGUCUGGGAAUCAUGUCUGGAAAAGUCGUUCUAAUAACCGGCUGUUCAAAAGGCGGUAUCGGCUUUUAUCUAUGCGAGCGCUUUUCUGAACAGGGAUGUACCGUGUAUGCCACAUCUCGCACGCUGGAGACGAUGGACGGCUUCAAGCAUCCGGUAGAGAAACGCGUCAUGGAUGUAACCAGCGAUGACGAUGUAAAACUCGUCGUACAAUCUAUUCUGGAAGAGCAGGGGAAGAUCGAUAUCGUCGUGAACAAUGCCGGUGCUAUUUCAAUCGGACCGUUGCUUGAUGUGUCCUUGGAUCAGGCUAGAAAAGCCUUUGAGACCAAUACAUACUCGGUCUUGCGGGUUGCACAGGCAGUUGUACCUUCUAUGGUGGAACGCAAGCAAGGGCUUAUCGUCAACAUUGGAUCACUUGCAGGAAAUAUCGCUACCCCAUGGAAUGGAUUAUACUCUGCAUCCAAGGCGGCAGUUCGCGCGCUCAGUGACGUUUUGGCCAUGGAAUGCAAGCCCUUCGGUGUUAAAGUCAUGUUGGUAGCACCAGGUCAAGUCAGGACAAAUAUCACUGCUAACCAGGCAGCCACCUUGGAAUUAUUCCCCACAUCCAUAUACAAGCCUUACUUCGAUCGGGUGUACGAACGCCUGGAUGGCAGUCAAGCCAAGGGGAGCAUGGAUGCCGAUGAAUUUGCACGCCGUGUAGUUGCAAAAGCACUGAGUCCCAGCCCUCCGAGUUACAUGACACUGGGGGGUAAGUCCCGUCUUUUCGGAUUCUUCCAGUGGCUACCUCAUUGGCUUGUCCUCUGGAUCGUGGGAUCGAUGAUGGUGUGGAGGAAGCCUGAACUAUCCACGUAACCAUCUCAUUUGCCGCGGAAAGAAAGAACCAAUGAGCGGUUGAAGACCACUCAGAUG